AUGUUGCACAUGCAACUGACUGUGCUCUCCUGCCUCUUGGUCCUGGCCAGCUGUAAAAUUCAAAAACAAACUCCGACAAACAGUUGGCGGGACAUGCUCUUCGGCAGCAAGUGGCUAACUCCUGCUCCACGUUGGCGCGAAUCCAAGUUUUUGCCCAUUUUUGCCCUGGUGCCCAUCGGUCCUGGCAGCUGUUCAGCGCCCUCCGGCGAACAGGGAAAUUGCAUUCCCAGCAAGGAUUGUGUUCUGCGGAAUGGCAUCCCCGCAGGUCCUUGUGGCGGCGGCUAUGGCGUCUGCUGCAUCUUUCUGCAGACGUGCGGCGGUAUCAUACGCGAGAACUCCACCUACUUUGUGAAUCCCAAUCACCCGGAUCUCUACGACGGCACCGGAAGCUGUCAGGUAACCGUGCAGAAACUGCAUCCGGACAUCUGUCAGCUACGCUUGGAUCUGGAUAUGUUCUCGAUAGCUCCCCCAGAGGCAGCCAAUCAUCUGUGCAACCAGGAUCAGUUGCUCAUAUCGGGCGGCAGUCCCACGCCCACCAUCUGUGGCAGUUCAACGGGAGAUCACAUGUACAUUGACGCGGGCCUUGGCCAGAGCAACCCGAUUGUCUUGUCCGUGAUCACCAGCGGAAGCUUUCCGCGUCUGUGGCGCAUCCGCGUCACCCAGAUCCACUGUGGCAGCAUCAGUCGAGCGGACCAAGGCUGUCUGCAGUACUACACUGCAAUUAGUGGGCGUGUGCGCAGCUUUAACUACAACACGGUGGGUGGAAGACAACUGUCUAAUCAGGACUACAGCAUCUGCAUCCGCAACGAGCGCAACUUUUGCGGCAUUCAGUACAACGCAUGUCCGGAUCUGGAGAACAACAGAUCGAGAUCGUUCACACUUACUGGGAAUUCCAACAAUCCGGUGGCCACGAUGGUGGGCGGUGGGGGGGGCAUGCCACCCAACCUGAACGGUUGCAUAAGCGAUUGGCUACUGAUUGGCUGCAUUCGAUCGGCGGACAGGAUUCCACCUCUGCCAGGAUGCGAGGAUCGCGUCUGCGGAGGGACUUUUAGUGCGGAAGCCGGAAUGCUCGCCAAAACUGUGCAAUCAAGUGUUCGUCCUUUCCGUCUUUAUUUCCACACGGACGGAGUAGAAGCGCCCAAUGAUAUAGACAACCGAGGCUUUUGCCUUGAUUAUGUUCAGCAGCCGUGCACAAAUGGCUUUUAG